GGGAAACUUUUUAAAAGCGCAUGCUUUUAUAUUUUAUGAACGUCACAUUUAUAACCUUAUUUCAACCUUCAGUUUCGUUUUGUUCAUACGUGGUUUUGUCACGUUUUUGCCAAGAUUAGAAACUAAUUUUUUUUGGUAUAUCCAUUGGACUGCUUUUUACAAUCUACCCAAAUUCUGGCCAGAGAAGGAGUUUGGGGGUUACUAGUUUGGUGGAAGAAAACUUCUGAAAAAAUACGUAUAUAUUGCAUUUACGCCUUUCGCAUUACACAAUCUUACUGCCUUGAACCACAAUGUCUUUUGAGAAAGUAACACACGUUAUAUUCGAUAUGGAUGGAUUAUUAAUAGAAUCAGAGUCGAUCUACAACAAAAUUUUAUCAGAAAUUGCCGCCAGUUUCGGUAAGGUCUACGAUUUACAACUGAAACUGAGAAUUUUGGGUACACCAGAACCGGAAACUGCUCGAAUUGCCAUCGAGGCAUUGAAUUUACCCAUAACAAGAGAUGAAUUUCUGAAGGUAUAUCGUCAAAGGGUCGACGAAGAAUUGACCAAUCCUGUACUUAUGCCCGGUGCUCAAAGGUUGGUUGAACAUCUCCACAAACAUAAGGUUCCCAUCGCUGUCGCAACUUCAUCUGCUGAGGAUUCUAUGAAAAUAAAAACGCAACACCACAAGAAGCUUUUUUCGCUGUUUCAUCACAUCGUGUGUGGAAGUACAGAUCCUGAAGUGAAGCAUGGAAAACCUGCUCCGGACAUAUUUUUGGUCUGCGCCUCUAGGUUUCCAGAUAAACCAGAUCCGUCAUCGUGUCUCGUGCUGGAAGAUGCCCCCAACGGCGUAAGGGGAGCAAGAGCAGCUGGGAUGCAGGCAGUUCUUGUUCCAAACGAGGAUGUCUUGGAGGAGUUGAGAAAACCAGCCACCUUAGUAUUGAAAUCUUUACUAGAUUUCAAACCGGAAUUGUUUGGUUUGCCUCCUUUUAACGAUUGCAAUUAAUGUGAUAUUAAAUUUUCCCUCGAAAAAUGCUUUAGGAAAUUUUUAUUCCAUACUUAAUU